CGCCAUAAAUCCCAACGUGGAAAUCGUGACAAUUUGUAGUAUCUCAAGAUGAAUUUCCACUAUUUAGGACUCUUCUUUUUCCUUUAAAAUGGUCUUAACAAAAUCUUAUCUGCGUUACGUCGAAGCUGGAAUCUUUGGCGUAGUGGGAAGUGCUAGAGCUAAUGUGUGUCUUGUUCAAAGUGGCGAGAAAAGACGUGAAAUUUGCCGCGCGAUUGUUCCCGCACUAGAAAAUGUAUAUAUUUGGGACGCUAGACUUGGCGAAAAAGUGAAUGUCUUACAAGGUAACAAGAGCGAAGUUACAUGUCUCUGCCUCAGUCCUAACUCUGAACAUCUUGCUGUUGGGUAUGGCGAUGGUGUCAUCAGAAUUUGGAAUAUAAAUAAUGGUACAUCCUCAGUGACAUUUAGGUUAAAAGACUCAUGGUGAAAAGACUCAUGGUGAAAAGAUUCAGGUGAAAAGAUUCAGG